AUGGACUCGAGCACCUAUCUCUCCGCUAUGAAGAGCGAAAAACUGAAGGACUCGUCACAAUGGCAGUCGUGGCACCAGCGAGUGAAGGUAUUCGCUCAGCGCAGAGGCAUUUGGGAUUUCUGCAACCCCGAUACGGACGAAUUGCAUCGUCCAGAGGCUCUCAGAGAGCCUAUUGUACCUGACUACCCUGAUGAUGGGUAUCAGGAAGACAAGCGAGACUGGAGAGACCGCCUCGAAGUCUAUAAAAUCAAGGCAAACCGCUGGGAUAGACAGCGCAAAAGCCUAAAUGAGAUUGAUGAUCUUAUCGUCAACUCUCUAGAUGUAUAA